AUGGGCCGGCCGCCCGACCUGCUGCCCGGGCGCCCGGCGCCGCCGCGCGCCGCCGCCGCGCGCCGCGCGCGCCGCGCAAACGCGGCGGUGGUUACGGACCGCUACGAGAUGAGCCUGUGGCUCUCCAGGUCGCUGUCGGCGUUCGGCCCCGCUCUCGGGGACGAGGCGAGCAGGCUGCUCUUCGAGGCCGACCCGCGCCCCGCGGCGGAGCCGCGCGCCCCGCGGGGGCUGAGGAGCAUCUACGUGGCCGGGGUCGAGGGCACCGGGCACCACGGCCUCGGACCCAUGCUGCUGUACCCGGCG